AACUGCUUCAGAGUCAUCUUCAUUUCAUAGGGUUUUAUACAACUCCUUUUGAUGGCUGGUUCACAUUUAGAAAUAUGCUUCUGUGUCUGCAUAAGAAUUAUUACUAAUAGGUGUGAAAUUCAAGUUGCCAGAGAGAAGAACAAUCCAAAAAGAGUGACACACUUGAUGGUAAAAUUCUGCGACUAUCGUUUUUGAAAUUUUUUAAGCAUUAUAAGGAAAAUAUCAAUAUCACGUGUCUGUAGAUAAGAGUCCUAAUAGUGUAUUCUUUAGAAUAAGACAUUGCAUACAGAUAGAAAUGUUAAACAUUGAUGCAACAGUUGGAACUACUAAUACCAUCCUUCUCUCAGUGUCUACUACAUGUCACGUUUUCAGGAUUUUAGUUUUUCAUGGUGCAUUAUGGGGAAAUUAGUCUCUUUUAUGAACUGUGUUCUCGCUAUAUCGAGUCCAACUUGUGGUAUGUAAAUAUGCCUAGACUUAAGUUGGCUUUAAUCACCUGACAACUCUUAUGUUUCAUGCCACAUAGGCCAUCCACUUGAUUUAGAAGGGAUUGUUACAAAGUUUGUCAGUUUACAUUCCCACAAACUUGCCCAGUCUCCUUUUGUGACAGCACAAAGUAUUUUGGGUGUCAGAAUAAAAGUGCCAAUCUGAAAAUGACCCUGGUCUGUCAGUAACAGUUCCUGGCAUUUCAUUGAAAAAAAAAACACUCCUUGAUCCCUUGAUUCUCUAGUACUUGUCUUUCAGAAAAAUCCUGUUUAUUCUACUCAUACCCAGACUGCAUUUGUUAUGUAACCCUUGUUACCUUUAGUUCUUGAGUUGAGUAUCAUCAAUCAUCAUUUGACUUGUUUGUAAGUUGUGCAUGAGGUUUUUUUGUUGUUGUUUGUUUUUACUUUAUUCUGCAAACAGUUUGUGUUCAUAUAAGUUAUUAGUUGGAGUUCUGUGCUGGGAGAGCACUUUGUCAAGAAUGAAAUCUAGCUUUACUUUUAGAAUAUGCCAAGGCUCAUUCAAAGCAUACAAACAUUUUUGUUACAUUACCCUGAGGCGAGUUUUAUGCUCCAUUUGAAACUGCCAAUCCUUAAUGAUUCGUUUGUUUGAAUGUGUGCUUUUAUAGUGCAUGUUAGGGAAUGUAAAAAGCCUAGAGCUCAGCUGCAUGCUUAGAAUACAUACCUAAGCAGAAUGCAUAUUGCCUGCCACUCUUGAUAUUUUAUCAACGUCAACACAUCAUUUGAAGCACUAAUUAGGUCUUCGGUUUCUAAUAAUAUCUUUGUUCUUUUUUGUGUUGGCAGUCUGACAGAUUCAAAUUAUAAUAUUAAGCAUACGAUUUAAACACUAAUGGUAUGUAAACAGGGCAGCAGCCCUUUGAGCAUUUGGUUUAUCUUUAACGAUGAUCUAAUGUCAAUGCCUGGAUUGUUUCCCGUUUGAAGUGCCCCUCUCAGUGUCGCAACAUUUGUAUGACAUCCUAUAUUUUCCAGCAUUCGCAAACAUUGAAUUCUCAAUACCAGAUAAUAAUCGAGGUGUCACAAUGCAUUUAAGUAAGCCUUAGAAUGGCAAUUCACAUUUUGUUCAGAGACGAGCUAAUUGGACUUGUUGAAGCUAUAUGACUCUUAUUGACAUGUCAACUGCCUUCCUGAUUUUUCCUUGGGGUCUUUAUUGCUCCUUCGAGCUGGGAUGGCGAUAAAUAUGUUGCUUGUCUCACAGAAAUCCAGUCGUCCCUGACACUUUGUCCGUGUUGCUCGUGGUAGUUACCGUAGCUCUGUACUCUUCUUGCAGGGAACUCUCACCUGUUCUACGCUCGUCACAAGAAGUUCCACUGCGUCUUCUGCGACUACAGCACAGAGCACAAAUGGAACAUGGUGGUUCACGUUCGGACUCACACGGGGGAACGCCCCUUCAAGUGUGCCCUCUGCCCCAAAUCUUUCUCGCGCAAGAAUGUGCUCGAAGAGCAUGUGCGCACGCACACGGGCGAGAGGCCCUUCAAGUGUUCCAUGUGCUCUGUGACCUUUGCGCACAAGAACUCGUUGGUGACUCACCUCAAGCGCCACGUGGGCGAGAAGCCGUUUUCGUGCCACAUCUGUGUACAAAGGACAUCUGACAAGUGGAACAUGAUCAUGCACGUGCGCACACACACUGGGGAGCGGCCAUUCCGGUGCGACGUGUGCGCCAAGAGCUUCACGCGCAAGUUUGUGCUCGAGGAGCACAUGCACACGCACUCGGGCGAGAAACCCUUCAAGUGUCCCUCUUGUCCGUCGGCGUUCAACCAGAAGGGGUCGCUGUCGGCGCACAUGCGACGACACACUGGGCUCAAGCCACACCAGUGCAAGCUCUGCGGCAAGGCGUUCCUCAGAAAGAACAAGCUGUCCAGGCACAUGCUGUGUCACUCCAAGGCCCACCUCUUUUGAGGCCGCGGGGAACGGGGACCAACCCUCGAUUGUCCGUGUAGCGGUGUAGCGGAAAUAAACUGUAUUUGGUGUUGUCGA